AUGAGUGAAGUAUUCAAUAAAGAAUGCGAUGUACGAAAACUUGAGAAUGGAAAUACAGCUUUGAAAGCACCCAAAUGCAGUGGCAAUUUGGGUAAAGCAAACAAACUUUAUAAAUGUAAGUCUAAAGAUACUGUAAGAGAUGCUCGGACAAUUUAUGAACAGGCCAAUUUUUUGAUUGAUUCUCGAUACAAGAUGCAACAAAUUUUAGGCAAGGGAUCAUACGGAACAGUUUGCUCUGCAGUUGAUACAAAAAACAAAGAUAAGCACAUGCUUGCCAUCAAAAAAGUUUGUAAUAUAUUUAAUAAAGACAUUUUAAUGAAACGAGCCCUAAGGGAGCUAAAACUAAUGGAUUUUUUUAAGGGGCAUAAAAACAUAGUUGGCUUAGUCGAUUUGGAUGUUGUCUACCUUAAGCCCUAUGACGGGCUUUACUGCUUCCAAGAGCUAAUUGAUUACGAUUUAGCCAAGGUAAUACACAGUUCAGUUCAGUUUUCCCAGUUCCAUAUCAAAUCCUUUUUUUACCAAAUUUGUUGUGGUGUCAAAUACUUGCAUUCUGCGGACGUCAUUCAUCGUGACCUAAAGCCGGGGAACAUAUUGGUAACAUCUCAAGGAUGCUUAAAAAUAUGUGACUUUGGUUUAGCCAGAGGGAUUAAUGAGAAAUUCAUGAGACAAUCUUAUAAAUCUGGUAACAUCACCAAUUAUGUUGCAACUAGAUGGUAUAGAGCACCCGAGCUAAUUUUGACAAGAAAAACUUAUGGUAAAUCUGUUGAUAUUUGGGCAAUUGGUUGUAUAUUUGCUGAGUUAUAUGGCAGAAGACCCAUAUUUAUAGGAGAUGAUCAACUACAGCAAAUCAAUGAAAUUUGCAAAGUUAUUGGAUCACCUCUGAGAGAAGUUGUUCUUCAAUAUGGAAGCACAAUUGCUUGUGAGUUAUUCUCGGAACAAAAGCCAAAAUACCCGAAGAAAAGCUGGCGGGAUAUAUACCCACACGUGUCAGUGGAAGCUCAGUUGUUACUAGAUAAAAUGCUAUGUUGGGAUAUUAGCGAUAGAUAUACGAUUCAACAAAUAUUAGAUGAUACUUAUUUAAAGGAUAUCAGAAACUUGGAUGAAGAACCUUCCAGGGAAGAAAGCUUUGACUUUUCUUUUGAGUGGAAGGCAAGAACUAUAAACGACAUGAAGCUACUCCUUCAUGAAGAAGUUGAAACUUUUAAGCAACGAAAGAAAAUGGUAGUGCCCAAAUACUAUGGUUCUUGA